AUGGGAUUAAAGGGUGGACGGAGGCUGAGGGGGCCGGGCAGACGGGGGCUGCGCAUCGACUUUCCCGAACGGUUUAGGAUUCGGUCCGCUCACGGGGUGUGCCCCAUCGCAGCUGCGGCAGCAUCUCUCGGACCUGACCCAUCUGUGGCCAUCAGGGAGGCCGGGGAGCCGUUCUCCUCCACGGCCCUUCCGCCCCAGGCUCGCCUCGGCAGGGACUGCGGUAAACAGUUCGCAGUAAAAAUAGAUGGCGGGGUGAUCUCAGCUCUGCCUCUCCCCCCUCCCUCUCCAGGCGCGCGUACACCCCGCAAUGCUUGCAAACAACCGGAAGGUCGGUGUGUGUGGUGGGGCGGGAGGCGGGGUCGGGCCGCCGCUCUGCCUGGCGCGCAGGCGCAGCCCCGCUCUCAGCCCGUGCGCAGGCGCGGCACCGCCCCCGGCCGAGCCACGGGGGCGUGCCCGGUUCCCGCCAGCCCCUCCACGUCAAUCAGCCCUCCUUCUCCCACACUCGGCACCUUGUUGUUAAUCUCCAUCCGCAGCUCGCGCUGGGGUCGCCUCGUCUCUUUCCCCCGGUCUGAGGGCUCGGAACGUGGGCGGCGUGCGAGCGACAGAGAGCACCGGAAGGCGGCGGGCGCCGAGGCCGCGGCCUCAGUGAGCAGGCGAAGCCCAGCACCGCCGGGCCCAGGCCGGAGCCGCGGAGCCGAGCCCCGCGGAGCCGCCUCCGCGAGCCCCUGGAAGCGGGGCCGCCCCGCUGCGGCCUCUGCCUCGGCCCUCCCCACGGCCCGGCCCGGCCCGGCCCGGCCACCCCGCGCCCCCCCCGGCCGGUGCCUGUCCCCGCCGGCGGGCUGCCUGCAUGUCUUGGCUGCCCUCAGCCCCGCCGCCCCCGCCGUCCCCGCCGCCACCGCCGCGCCGCCUCCCCCGCUUGCCCCGCCGCCGCCGCCGCUGCCGCCGCCCGGAGCCCGGCGCGCUGAAUGCAGACUAACAGGGAUGCCAAAAGAAAAAUAUGAUCCCCCAGAUCCUCGCAGAAUUUACACCAUCAUGUCAGCAGAAGAGGUAGCCAACGGAAAGAAAUCUCACUGGACAGAAUUAGAAAUCUCUGGUAGAGUGCGGAGCCUAAGUCCAUCACUUUGGUCAUUGACGCACUUGACAGCUCUGCACCUAAAUGACAAUUAUCUUACUCGCAUUCCACCUGAUAUUGCCAAGCUUCAUAAUCUGGUUUACUUGGAUUUGUCAUCCAAUAAACUCAGAAGUUUACCAGCAGAACUAGGAAACAUGGUGUCUCUCAGGGAAUUGCUUUUAAAUAACAAUCUGUUACGGGUUUUGCCUUAUGAACUUGGUCGGCUCUUCCAGCUACAAACGUUAGGUUUGAAAGGCAAUCCUUUAUCACAGGAUAUUCUCAGCUUAUACCAGGACCCAGAUGGAACCCGAAAGCUACUGAACUACAUGCUUGACAAUCUAGCAGUUCAUCCAGAGCAGCUUCCUCCGAGGCCAUGGAUUACACUAAAAGAACGAGACCAAAUUCUACCCUCAGCAUCAUUCACGGUUAUGUGCUAUAAUGUGCUCUGUGAUAAGUACGCCACCCGGCAGCUCUAUGGCUACUGCCCAUCCUGGGCAUUAAACUGGGAAUACAGGAAAAAGGGGAUUAUGGAAGAGAUUGUUAACUGGGAUGCAGAUAUCAUUAGUCUUCAGGAAGUGGAAACAGAGCAAUACUUCACCCUCUUUCUGCCGGCAUUAAAGGAGCGUGGAUAUGAUGGAUUUUUUUCUCCAAAGUCACGUGCCAAAAUCAUGUCUGAGCAGGAGAGAAAACAUGUGGACGGUUGUGCAAUAUUCUUCAAAACAGAAAAAUUUACAUUGGUGCAGAAACACACGGUGGAAUUUAACCAGGUGGCCAUGGCGAAUUCCGAUGGAUCAGAAGCCAUGCUGAACAGAGUCAUGACGAAGGAUAACAUUGGCGUUGCUGUGGUUUUAGAGGUCCACAAAGAAUUGUUUGGAGCAGGUAUGAAACCUAUUCAUGCUGUAGAAAAACAGCUACUUAUUGUGGCAAAUGCCCAUAUGCAUUGGGAUCCAGAAUAUUCUGAUGUGAAACUCAUUCAAACUAUGAUGUUUGUCUCAGAAGUAAAAAACAUCUUGGAGAAAGCCUCUAGUAGGCCUGGUAGCCCAUCUACAGAUCCUAAUUCCAUCCCGCUGGUGCUAUGUGCGGAUCUUAACUCAUUGCCGGAUUCAGGUGUCGUGGAAUACCUGAGCAGUGGAGGAGUGGCUGAUAACCAUAAGGAUUUUAAGGAAUUGCGCUAUAAUGAGUGUCUCAUGAACUUCAGCUGCAGUGGGAAAAAUGGUACCUCAGAAGGAAGAAUCACGCAUGGCUUCCAGCUCCAGAGCGCCUAUGAAAAUAACUUGAUGCCUUACACAAAUUAUACCUUUGACUUCAAAGGUGUGAUUGACUACAUUUUCUAUUCCAAGACUCAUAUGAACGUGCUUGGUGUCCUGGGGCCUUUAGAUCCUCAGUGGCUGGUUGAGAACAACAUCACUGGGUGUCCACACCCACACAUCCCUUCAGACCACUUCUCACUGUUAACACAACUUGAACUCCACCCUCCACUCCUGCCUCUCGUCAAUGGUGUUCACUUGCCCAGUAGGAGGUAGUGGAGUCCAGCCCCGCCGAGGCGGGAUCUGUUGCUAUGGACCUGUACAGUUGUAAAUCAAAGUAUGUAGGAGUGAAGUAUGGCCAUCCUUAAGCUGCUUCUUCAGGCUCCUUUCAUUCUGUGUUUGCUGUAAGAUUGUGCACAUUUUGGUGCAUCUUGGUAUCAUUUGGCACUAGGGCUGGAACCAAAGUAUUGCUCCCUUUCCGUGUUUUUAAUUUAGUGUGUUUUAAAUAUUGGACCUGUUUCUUAUUCAGAGUUAGCUUUGGUAGUGGAGAAAUGAUCAGUUGAAGGUCCAACAAUAUGUAUUUAUUGCUCCAAGACGCAUUUUCUGCCUAAUUAUAUAAAAAUGAGCUAUCCAUCUUUUAAAAUAAAAUGUUUUCUUUUAAUUACAUUAAGAAAAUUUAAAAAUUGAACAGUUUAUCUUGCAAGGAAAUGCUUGUUCUCCUUUACUACAAACUGGUUUGCCUCUCCAGAUCACACUGCACAUUAGUAAAUCAUACAUCCAUGAAUACAUCUCUGUAUGUGUGUAUGUAUCUAUGUGUAUCACUGUAGAUCUAUACACACAUAUACACGCUUUGGAAAUAAAGCGCCUAAUAGUACAGUGUUUUGUUGGGCAAACAUUCUCACAUUUUGGGAGGAACACAAACAAGACCCAGAUCCCCUUAUCAGUUCUGUAUUUGUAGAUCUUAGGUUAUUGGUGAGACCUUGAAGAGCUGUCUCUCCACCUUAUUACUGGGAAAACAGUGGGAAAUACACAUUGCCAUAUAGCUUGAAAUUUGAUCUAUUUGAAGAUGGAGUGCAUACUUCUAUAGAUGGCUAUUUUUGUCAAGUCCCCUCCAGUUGCUUUCCUCCUUGCUUUGCUUCAUAGUAGACCUUGAAUAACAAAAGUGUUGCCAAUUGACCUAUAGGUCAUCUCCCUGACGUAGCCAGAGACCCCAGGUUCAAGAGGAGACAGGAUACAGUCACAGGAAUGCUAGGCAUGUCCCAGGGUGUGUAUAUAAUAAUGCAGUAGCUGCCAGGUGACCUCUUGGGUUAAGAAGGAUUUGGGGAGAUUUUCAACAGGGAGUAAGUAGCUCAAUACCAUUCCUUGGAUUAUUUUUCCUGACCCUAGCUGCCAAAUAGCCAUCAUAUGCUUUUACUCCUUGUUUCUGUUCUCUUGUCAGGGUUGAAUUAAGAAGCUGCUGGUUCAUUCCCAACUAUUGAUGCUCUUUAAAUGUGUUAUUUUAUGCCCAGACGGGGCCAGUGCAAAAAACCUGUGCCUCAGGAGGCAGUAAACAUAAUGCAAUUUUCUGGGGGUGGGGGGGCGGAAAUUAGUUGGCUGCUUGAUGUUAAUUAUGGCACAGUAAUAGGAAAAGGUCGUGUCUGUGUUUUUAAGUUUUUCUUUAUUCUGCUUUUUUGCUGCUAUAAGAGUUUCCUGAAAUUUAUAUUUUAAACUUUUCAUGCACUUUACUGUUUCUAGUCUCAAAAUGUGAUAUUUUUAUUAAACAGAAAAAUUUCCAUUAUGUGAGUGAAACUUUAAAAUAGCCUAUAUUUGUCUCUCCGUAUACAAACACACAAGUCAAUUUAAAUUAAUUGGUUUUAAAUAUAUACAAUUUAUUUCUUCCAGAUCUGAUCUCUUAGGCUGUUUUAUUAGUCUUGAAAUGAUGCAUUUCCUUUGUUUUAUAGUAAUUUCAUCCAUAGUAAAUUAAUCAGGCUACAUAAAAUAUUAUUCCCUGAUGGGUUUAUUUUUGUGGGAGGAGGGUUGGUGGGAUUAUGUGAUGUCAUCUGUGGGAUUGCAUUGGAUGGUUUUACUGAAGUCUAAACUCCCCUUUCAAAAGUGCCUAGUGAUAGAGGCGUUGUCUGUCAUCUAUUAAAAUUGGACAUCAUUGUAGUUGAGUGAAGUUUGAUGUAAAUAAAAUAUUAUUUUAAAAACGUUAUAGCACCAAAAAAAAAACCUUAAGAUAACAGAUUUUCCAGGUAUCCCUUCUUAUAUACCUCAAGCAUUCAACAUCUUAGCCAUGCAGAUAAUUUGAGAGUAACUAAAGUAUAGUACUGGAAAGUAGAAUAGCAUGAAAAACUUAAUUUUGUGGACAUUGCCUUUUUAAUCAGCUCCUGUAUCUCGUACUUUGUUUUGGGUGGCUUUUCUGCUCGGGAGGUAUGCACUAACAAAACAUUUUCCUCCUUUCAUAUACGCAUGUUAAUUAGCAGUGUGAGCAAUAUUUCCUACCAUACUUCACUCCCAAUAUUUUUGAGAUGUUUGUAUAAAAUGGAAUUUAUCGUUCACCUAUGAUUGUAUAUGAACCACAGAGGAGCCCAUUUAUUAAUAAUAAACUUUUUUAAUAGUUAAAUGUUAUGGGGAAAAUAAUAAAAAAAACUGGGAAACAUUGUAAACA